AUGAAAUUUGAACGCCUGUUAAAUGACAGUUUAAUCCCAGAAUGGAAAACCCAAUAUCUGGAUUACAAGACUGGCAAGCGGUUCAUUCGCAAAAUUAGAACAGACGAAGAUGGAAAUAGUCCAACAAGUCCAAUCUCAACCAUCCACAAAGACUCCACUACCUCUGCAAUUUACUCUCUUGGCGACAAUGUCAAUGAUGAACUUCCAAACUUCACUUACCAGUCUUCCAUAGCAUCAAACAGCAUAUACGAACCUUCUCUUCAAUCAUCGACUUUAAAUCCUCAGCCACUUUCUCAAAUUACUAUUCCACGUAAACCUUCUUCCACUACAACACAUGACCCCUUUUUCCCGGCUUCUUCUUCUCUUCCAACACGACCUUCUUCUUCUUCCCUAUCUUCACUGGCUUACAUUCGAAAUUCCUCUGACCAGAACCAAAACCAACACCCGUCAUAUGGAACUGUUGACUUCCAACGUAAUAAUAAUGAUCAUAUUAUAAUUACGCCCCCAUUCAUUCCACGAGAAGAAACUUAUACCCAUGCUGAGCAAGACUUUAUGGAUUGGUUAGAUGCAGAAGUCGCACGUGUUGAAGAUUUUUACAAGACUAAAAAGUCCGAAUGCAUUGAACGAUACUUACUUUUACAAGAUCAGCUCUUUAAUUUACGUGAGCAACAUGGUACAACUGCCUUGAUAAAACAAAAGCAUAGAAAUUCCUUACGUACCGAUUCCUUAAGACCUAAAAGUAGCCAUCAUCAUAAUGAUCACCACCCACUCCCUCUCCACCUUUCCCACAAUGUUAUUUUCACACCUCUUGGACGACGUCACAAACGUGGGAAAAGUACCGAGCAUACAGAAACAGAAACAGUCACAGAAACAAAUGCUCCUGCAACUUCCUCUUCCUCACGUGCCACUGAAAGAAGUACAUCUCGAAGCAAAAGCCGAGAUUAUGUGCGCAAGGUUCGCGACGACCGUAUUUCCUAUUCAACUGCACGCCAACAACUCAAACUUGCAGUUGUGGAAUUGUACCGGGAAUUGGAAAUGCUAAAAUCUUUCCGCUUGCUUAAUCUAACUGCUGUCCGCAAGAUUGUCAAAAAGUUUGACAAGGCUUCUGGCCAUACAUCCUUGCCCGGGUAUAUGGCCAAAAUGAGCAAUAACUACCUUAGCAAGACUGACACUCUUGAUACGCUUAUUGCCAAAGCUGGAGACAUGUUCACCGUUUACUUUGAAAAUGGUAACAGAAAAUUGGCUUUUGAAAAGCUCCACGCAAGCCCAGAAAAUGAAGAACACUACUUGGAAAACUUUGCCACUGGUGUUUUCUUGGGUCUUUCUGUGCCAUUCAUGGCUCGAGCUAUUUGGAUGGGUCUCCAGCAUCUUGACCGUGGUGAUCCUGACACCCUUUUCCUUUUCCAAAUCUGGGGUGGGUUCUUUCUUGUCAUUAUGUUCUUUUGCCUCUUUGCACUCAGUUGCAUUGUUUGGACGAAAAACAAAAUUAACUACUCUUUUGUAUUUGAGUUUGAUCCACUUUCUCACCUCAACCCAAAGCAAAUCGGUACUCUGCCUGCCUUUUUGCUACUUGUUAUGAGUGUGCUUAGUUGGUGCUGCUUUGAAGAUUUUUGGGCUGGCACUUUUAGAAAAAUUUAUUACCCACCAAUUUUCCUUGCCUUUUCUUUGAUUGUUUUAUUUUUGCCAUUUGAUAUCCUUCAAUUAAGCGCUAGAAAAUGGCUCUGCAUUGCAUUUUGGCGACUCUUGUUUUCAGGAAUCUAUCCAGUUGAAUUCCGUGAUCUUGUUUUGGGUAAUAUUUGCUGCUCAAUGACUUACUCUAUUAGUAACGCUGCCUUCUUCUUUUGUUUGUACUCCACACACUGGAGUGGCUUACUUCCAGGAGACCCAUCGGGCUCUUAUUGUGGAUCAAACCAUUCCCGAUGGAUGGGGUUCAUUUCCACAGUUCCUUGUAUUUGGCGUUUUCUGCAGUGUGGCCGCAGAUAUCUCGACACUGGCGAUAUUUUCCCACACUUGGCCAACAUGUGCAAAUAUUCUUUGCUCAUUUGUACUAAUGCAUUUUUAAGCGCUUACCGCAUCAAACUUGAUUCUCAUACUCUGCGUACCUGGUACAUUGUUUUUGCAUCGCUCAACACAGUUGUGAGCACUUUUUGGGAUAUCUUUAUGGACUGGUCGUUGAUGCAGGUUGGCUCGCACAACUUUUUGUUGAGAGACGAGCUAGCCUUUAAGUUUACUUCACCUUACUAUGCGGCAAUGGUGCUGGACACUGUACUGCGUUGCAACUGGUUUUUUUACAUCAUUUAUGAAAACCAGCUUCAGCAAUCAGCCAAAAUCUCCUUUUUCAUUGCUCUUUCCGAAGCCCUCCGUCGUGUUGUUUGGGUCUUUUUCCGUGUAGAAAACGAACACUGCUGUAACGUCACUCGCUCAAAGGCUUCUAGAGACAUUACCUUGCCUUAUGCAACUAUCACACGAAAGAAAUCAACAAUUGUCAGUUCCUCUGCUGCAAAUGCUGAUCGCCAGUGGUUGCUUUCUCCUACCACUCAUCCCAAUGACGAAGAAGCUACCGGAGGUACCACUCCUCUUCUUUUGCGCAAACCUUCAGGCUCACUUCCUUUUGGAAAACGUUUAUUCCGCUUUAUGGAACCUGUUCUUGAAACUGUCGGUAAAACCCUGCGGUCCGCACACGCACGCGAUUUCGAGCGUCGUCGCAAGGACGAUGUUGAUGUCGAUGAUGAUGAUCACGAAGAGGCUGGACCUCACCUUCAGGGGAGACAGUUUAUGGAUGAGUCUGUGAUGGACACUGAUUCCUUGUGGGAUUCUAGUCAUGCUGGUACCAGAAACACUUCACCUGUACUGACUGAAGAUCCGACUAUAAGUCGGAGAUAG